AUGAGUAGAAAGUCGUCCGAAAGACUAUUAACUUCGGCUCGUUUAGCACUUCUUCGUAAUCUACGUGAAUUAAAUCUGUUCUCCAGUGAUCCAUUGUGGACGCCAACUCUGAAAUUAUCAGAACAAAUUCUCAGUACUCGUCUAUUUGUAUUCUUUAUUUCCAUUUCUCUAUUCAUCGUUAUUAUUUACGCUAGCCUUAUUGUUCAAACACAUACUGUUAUACUUGAAAAAUUCUCGCUUUCGACAAUCGAAUCCCUUCAAGCUCGUUAUCCGACAACAAUCAACAUCCCCUGUACACAAGUUUCGAUUCCUUACCAUCGAUUCAUCAAACUGCAGCCAAAUUUUCAUCAAAUCUGUUCGAGUUCGUUCAUAGAUGACUCCUGGAUUUCUUCGAUUUUCCUUCCCAACGCCACUUCCUACAAUGCUUAUGAUUUUCAUACGUUCUCUUUCGCACAGUUUCAAGCGCUGGCUUUACUUUGCCAUACAUCCAAACAGGCCGUUUUCGACGGCUACCAAACGUUCAAUUCAACAAACUUAGUGACAAAUUAUCUUUUUUCACGUGCUGAAUUCAACGAAAUAGUUGAUGGUCUUCUCACAAACCUACAAAACAAUAUCGUCGCUAAUGAAAAUCGCACAGCAAGUAUUGUGUCAAUGAAUAUCGCACAAAACCGAAUCAUAUCUGCAUUACGUACAAAUGUUUAUAUCCGAUCGAUCUAUCUAUCCCAUAUUUACAUUGCUUACAAUGGAUACUAUUACAAGAAAAAUCGCACAGCGUGUCGAUGUCCACUGGAAACUACUGAAUGUUUUCAUCCCGCCGGUGCUUUUUAUAAUUGGACAACGCGCUUGCUAGAUGAACCAACGGAUGCCCAUCCAUUACCGCCAGUUCAAAUACCUGGCUUGAUGGCUGGCUGUUUACCUCUUGAAUCACUUCGACGUUCCACAUUAGAAUGUCUUCAUGAUCAAUCAUGUGUGGAUAUUCUAGCAAUUCAACCGGAGAUUUUCCAUCCGAAAGCUUUACAAAAAUCCGCAUCAUCGAAAUUCUCUUUGGAGACAACAAUCGGUAUGAUGUUUGAUAAGUCACUCUUCGUUGAAUCAUGGCAACCAAAGACGAGUUUUGAAGAUUAUUUUGCCAUAUGUUCACCGCGAUCAUUAACAUAUACUUAUCAAGGUCGUUCUCGUCUGCCAGCAAUCAUUACAAUUUGUGUUAGUGCUUUUGGUGGUCUAGUUAUUGCUUGGCAAAUGAUCACACCAGCGAUCGUUCAUUUGUGGACAUUGAUCGAACGAAAACGAGAUGCUUCAAACACAUCAAUUCCACCAAUAAAUGAAGUUGUUACAAAGCACGUACACCGAACCAUUCGCACACUUAAUCUGUUCCCACCGGAUGACGAAAAUGAUCAAGAAGAACAACGUGUUGGCAUCAUUGCUACUCGCCUAUAUUUCUUCUUACUUCUUCUAGGUUUUCUUGUCCUUGGCUGUUAUACUUUCCUAUCUGAGCGUACCCAACAAGUUACUGUUCAAGCUCCCUCUCUAGCAGAAUACGAACGAUUACAAACUCUUUAUUCCUCAACAUUGAUUUGUUCAUGCACACGAUUUUCCAUGUCCUACAAUCGAAUUGUCUCCAUCUCACCUCGGUAUAAUCAGAUAUGUUCGAGUGCGUUUCUGAAGUCAUCCUGGUUGGCCUAUUUCGACAUACAAGAAAUCACUGCAAAUACAACGUUCUUCCCUCCCGUCGACUUUCGUUUUGGUGGGCAGUCAUUCUUUGAUCUCUUACGUGUCCUAUGUCAAACAUCAGAAGAAACAGUAACUAAUGCAAUUCACCUAUUUCGAUCGCGUCGGCUAAUCUCAAUCAAUACACUAUCACGAAGUGAAUUUCAUCAAGAAAUCCAAACUCGUUUAAAUCAAUUUCAGCAACGAACUGUUUCGUCUUUUACACAUCUUCUUGAGUUGGUUCGUUCGUCGAUUCAAACCAACCGGCUAGUCACAGAUCUGUUAACAACAACUGGAUUUUCGCUUCUAUUAAACAAGCAGACAAUGACAUAUUCACCGAGAUUCUAUUCGAGAAAUAUUGGCAAUUGUUCAUGUGCAAUAAAUUCAGAAUGUACACGUCCACAAGGAUUCUAUUUACAAUUAGAUCUUUUGAAUGCAGAACCGCAAACAAUCAUUCCAGGUCUUGUUCUCGGCUGUUACACCAUCGACUCCCUUCUUUUUUCAACACUCGAAUGUUUAUUUGAAAAGAAAUGUUUAAAAUUUAUAAUUGGCAUGCGCCAUUUCAAUGCGAGCGGUUUAUUCCAUCCGAUGAACAAGCGCGUGACAAAAGUUCAGCCACUACGACGAAACAAUAGUCGUUUUCAACCAAAUACAACUCUACAAUCGAUCAUGUCGGAACUUUUCAUAGAAGAUUGGCGAACGUCGAAUAAUUUCACUGCCUACUAUCAUCGAUGUGCUCCGAAAGAAUGUAUUUAUACCUUACGCCGACGUUUCGAUACGGCUUAUAUGAUCGCCAUAAUGUUAGGUUUUUAUAGUGGAUUGAGCGCAAUUCUAGAAAUUGUUUUACCAUCGUGUGUUCGAGUUCUACGACAACAAUGGAAAAAAACAAAAGUACAGAAAGAAUCGCCGUCACCACCAUCAAGAAUAACAACAGAAAAUCCAAGUCGUCGCUCAUUUAAUGAGAUUCGUCAAUCUAUUCGUUCAUGGAAUUUGUUUUCUACAAAUCAAACGGCAGAAGAUAAUCGCUUCGAACAUCAGGAAAUUGUUGCUACUCGAUUGUAUGCAAUCUUUUUCCUAAUAAUUGUUAUCGCAGCUCUUCUGUACGCGGGUCCGUUCAGUGAAGAAAUAAAAACAACAGUGAUCAAAUCACCAUCGUCCGAUGAUGUUAACAAUCUUUAUUUGAAAAAUAUCUCUACUCUAUCGUGUCCCUGUUCAACAGCCGCUGUUCAACACUCGGAAUUCCUAUCAAUCACUCCACAUUAUCAUCCGAUCUGUUCGAGUAUCUAUGCUACACCAGUACACUGGAUUGAACUUUCAAAAAAGACAGACAAAGCGUCACUAUUGCUAACUGCUCACUAUCGAUUGGUGUCAUCGUUUUGUCAAAUAGCUAAUCGUACUAUUCAUAUCGCUCAAAAUGUUUUCAACGCACAAGAAUUAGUCUCCAUCGAACCAAUGUCGCGUUCGUCAUUUGCCAUUCAAACAGAAGCACUCGUAUCAACGUUUAUUGCACAAAUUCCAGCUGAUUACCGUCGUACUCUACACUAUAUCAUGCGUUCGUUCAGUGUCAACCAUCUAUUUAACAUAUUUACCAGCAAUUGGAAACCGGAAUUCACUGAUGAAGAACAAGAACAUAUUCUUGCUACUUUCCCACGUCGUUUUCCUGCUUCGAAUUGUACCUGCGCAACAUCAUUCAAUUGUACCGAGUCAAUUACUGAAGAUGUUGUCAGUGGUUGUUUUCCUUUCGAUGGAUUUCGUUUAUCAACCUAUGAAAAUUCGUCAUUGGGCGAAUUGAAUGAUAAUCUUUUCGUCACACAAUGGCACAAUGAGAGUAAUUAUACGGCUUACUUUCAAACAUGUCAUCCCUUGGAAUGUCGAUAUACUCUACCGGAUCGCAACAAUGCCGUUUAUAUGCUUAUGACGGCUCUAGGAUUAUAUGGAGGUUUGAUUUGUAUGUUACGGUUGAUGAUUCAUCAAUCACUACAUAUCUAUCGAUGGUUGGCAAGGCAUCCCGAAAAUGUGAAAGUCGAAGAGUCCACUACAGAGUCAAUGUUAUGA